GUUGUUCGUGAAGAGUGAUCAAUACUAAGUGUUAAUACAUAAGCUGGCCAAUUAACUUUAACUUCAGAUAAUGUGUAGUAUUAAACUAGCUAGCUUAUAUUCUACACUUUUUGAAAUAGGAGUCGUUAAAUUUGGUCAUUUCACCCUGAAAAGUGGACUCCAGGCUCCAGUUUAUGUUGAUUUAAGAUUACUAGUUUCUCAUCCAGAUUUGUUAGAAGCCUUUGCAACAGAAGUUUGGAACACACUCAAAAGAGGAGGAAUUGAAUAUGACAUUGUCUGUGGUGUCCCUUAUGCAGCUCUUCCAUUGGCAACUUGUGUGUCUGUUCGCUUCAAUGUGCCUAUGGUCAUUCGUCGUAAAGAAGCCAAAGGCUACGGUACCAAAAAGUUAAUUGAAGGAGACUACAAACAAGGCCAGCGUUGUAUUAUUGUUGAAGAUGUGGUUACUAGUGGAGCUAGUAUUUGGGAAACAGUUGAGUUAUUGACAGCUGAAGGUUUGACCAUCACUGAUGCAGUCGUGCUCAUGAACAGAGAACAAGGGGCAACAAAAAACUUGAAAGAUCUUGGAAUAACACUGCAUAGUGUGUGCCACCUAACUGAAUGUAUGAAAGCCCUUCAUCAGUUGGGCAAAAUUGAUGCUGAGACUGUAUACAAGGUUACAAAGUUUUUGGAAAUCAACAAUGAAACAAAAAUACCAACACACAAAGCUGUUACAUCUUGCAAAGAAAGGAAGAUCUUGAGUUUCAAAGAGCGGGCAUCCCUUUGCCAGCAUCCUCUAACAAAGCGGAUAUUUGGCAUCAUGGAAGAAAAGAAAACCAAUCUGUGUGUAGCUGCUGAUGUUACUUUUUGUGCAAAAUUAUUGGAAAUCGCUGAAACUGUUGGACCCCACAUUUGUGUCCUUAAGAUUCAUGCUGAUAUUCUUGAAGAUUUCAACAGUGAAUUUCCAGAAAAACUAAAAGAUGUUGCUAAAAAGCACAACUUUGUUAUUUUUGAGGACAGGAAAUUUGCUGAUAUUGGUCAUACAGUAUAUAUGCAGUACACUAAAGGUAUCCACACAAUAGUAGAGUGGGCUGAUAUUAUUGACUGCCACCCUCUUCCUGGUCCUGGCAUCUUGGAAGGAUUAAAGCAAGCAGGAAUAAAAAAAGGAAGAGGAUGUCUUUUGAUUGCACAAAUGAGUACAAAAGGAAACCUUGUUCCAGCAAACUACCCUGAAGCUACUGCACACUUUGCUGAUCACCACCGUGACUUUGUGAUUGGUUUCAUUGGUCAGUCAAGAUUGAUACCAGACCCAACAUUUAUAAACUUUACUCCAGGAAUUAAGCUUGAAGAAUCAAGUGAUUCUCUGGGACAACAGUAUGUCACUCCUCAAGAAGCCAUUCAGAAUCGAGGUGCUGAUGUCAUUAUUGUUGGCCGAGGCAUCACGGAUGCCAACGAUCCCCAGGCAACUGCUGCAGAGUACAAAAAAGCAGGUUUUGAUGCUUAUUCACAGUUAUUGUAGAUACUGAACAGCAUUCCUUUCAACUUGGUACACUGCCAGUAUUUUGGGCACAUUUUUAGGCUUAGCAGCUGCUCAAACCAGCGAAGGAAAAUAAGCAGAGCAUUUGACAAAGUGACCUUUAUUGUCACUAGAUUUCAUAUAAUAAAUUAGUGUGGUAGAAAACACAGUUAAACAGAGAAUUAUUAAGAUUAUGUAAUGUGUUUUUUUUGUCUUUGAUUCAUAAAGUACUACUAUUACAAGUGCCAUAGUAUGUUGAUAUUAACAAAUGUUUAUAUAGUAAACUCUAAUUGGUUGAUAUACAGAUCCCAUCUUUCAACUUUGUAAAGAUGCAUUAUUCAAUGGAGUAAGGUGUUUUGGUGUGAGGGUCAUGAAAACAUUAUUAUUGGCAUGACCAAAUACACCAUGCAAGCACUUUAAAUAUAAGUAGUCUAUCAGAUGAGGCUUUGCUCAGUUUUGUUUUGUUGAAUCUGUACAGGCUGAAUUACCUCUAUCAAAACAGUUAUUUUAACAGUGUUUACAAUAUUGAAAUAUUUUAAACUAGAUAUUCCAUUCACCAGACAUUGCAUACUACUUAAGAUCAAAGUGUUUAAAGUUUUUUUUAUAAAUAUGCAUAACCAAUUUAUGAAAGCAUAUUGUGCUUCUGUUUUAAAAUGUCAAAUAUACCCAUCAAUAGGGCUAAAGCAUAAACUUUCAUGAGCAGUUAGCGAAAGUUGUGAGAAAGUAGUUGACAAGAACAUUUAGUGUAGAAUAAUAUACUGAAAUUUUAUGUGAUUUACUAAGUUAUACAUACACAUGUACUCAUCUGUAAUACUUUAAAAUCUGAAGAUACUAUCUUAAUAGGUAAUUACAGCAACUUCAUCAAAUAAUUGAAAAUCUUAACCUUGAAGAUGGGCACUUGUAUUUUAUUUGUAGUUUGGAGAAACAGUAAUAUUAGUACACUUUGUUUCAUGAAUAGUUGUUAUCAGGACUUAGUAUUGGAAUUUCAUUGCUUAGCAGCCAUAACUGAUUUCAAAUAUUCUGCUUUUAGCUUUUGUGUAGUUAGUAGAUAAAAUCUGACUUAUUGGUAGCUAGUACUAGCUACAAUACGGGACCACUUUGGGGAUUAAUAGAAGAAUUAUUAAUUAACAUAUUUGUAAUUUAGAGAAUUAGUUCUUUUAUAAAAGUUUUGCAAAAUAACUUAGCUUAAUAACCCAAUGCGGAUAAAAAGCAAAAUUAAUAUCAGACUUGUAGUUUGAUAGAAAUUCUUCUUCUUGCAGAGUGUUUCCUGGUGUAGUUUAAGCUUGCGAUGCAUUUAUUAGUUUAGAAAAUCUUGUGGUUACUUCUCUGCCACACUAAAGUAUUUCAUAACAUGUUUAUUAAACUAAUUGAGCAGAAUGUUUUGAAUUUGGGGAUUACAGUGAUUGAGUGAGUUGGUAAGUUUCCUGAAUUUGUGUAUAUCAAAGAAAAUAUGGAAUGAUUUUUAAAUGUUUCAGAUUGUCAAGCUUUUUUUUUUAUUGUUUUACAGAAGAUGUUUUUUGGUGGUGGAGUAAAAGGUGUAUACAACAAACACACACACACACACACACACACACACACACACACACACACACACACACAUGUAUUAUUUUUUUUAAUAGUUGAUAUAUUUUUAUUCACUGUGAGACCAAUACACUGAAAAUAUAUGAACAAUAGCUUUUUAUAAAUAUAUAUAUAUAUAAAUAUAUUGUUUGAGAAUUCUGAAAAUAUUCUACAUAAUUGUUGAGCUGAAAUAUUUCACCAUUUUCUUAUUGCAUGUAAAAAGUUAUUCAACUUUCAUUUUGUUAUUAGAAAAUAAUGAACUAUGUAUGAGAACAAAGAUGUAAGGAUCAUGGAAUUAUGAUCAUUAAUGUUGUGCUAAGAAUUUAAUGAAACAGAAAUUUUAAAAAGUAGGAGAACUUAAUCUGAAACAUUUGCAUUUCUAUCAAAGAAAUACUGAUUGUUGUAUUAUAAAAUAAUAAGUGGGAAAUAAACCACGUAGGAAAGUUUCUUAAAAACUUAGUUGCAUCAUGUGAAAACACUCAAAUAGUACGAAAGUAAUAAAUUGAGCCUUGGUAGUAUAUCAUAAUCCAUUUUAAAAAAAUGUUCAGUGAAUUUAGUGUUUGUCUUGUCUAUUCUGUUUUUAUAAUUAACAUUUCAUUGAUUGAUUCACAACUUUUAAUUCCUUAAUUCUAUUUUUGUUUGUAUCGGGUAUCUAGUGCUAUUAAAAUAAAAUAAAAAGUACUACUUUUCUUCAGUAUUUACAAUUAUCUAGUGUUUCUUCUUUGCCCCUGUCAAUGGAGCAGUAGUUCUACAUGAUUUUAGAGACAGUAUUAAUACUAUAUACUAUAUUCUGUAUUAAUAGUUAUUUGUAAUUUUUAAUAAAAGUUGAUGUAAACUUGCCUUAAUUUUAAACUUUUUGAUAGGUGAUGUAUUUGGGGUAUUUUUGUUGUAUUAUUUUUGCUCAAAAAAGUAAAGUUGUUGGAGUAAUUCUUGCCACAAGGUGGAGACUUUUUUAUAUUUUGGUAGUUAAAUGUGUUUAUAAAAUUUUCUGAUCCAAGUUUUUCAUAAGGAGGAAAUAAUCUUAAUAAAUAUAUUUCAACAA